GGGUCCAUGUGAACACUGGGAGGACGAGUGAGACUUGAGUGUAGGGAAGUGGUAAGGGAGAAAGGCUGCUGCCAGCCACACAGCUAGAGAGUGAGGGAGUACAGUAUAGCUUCAGAGAGGCAUUCCAGCGCAGUCAGGUUUCUCUAGAGCAGGACGUGGUUUUGAGAAGGAAUGAUGAGCGACAGUGAGGAGGGUCCCCUUGGUGCAAAGCCACCUACCCAGGCAGAGAACGGGAUUGGAGAGGCAGAGGCAGGAACAGAGGCGUGCACCAAUGGGAAAGAGGAGAGCCCGGAGGUUGCCAUGGGAGAUGGCGAGGAGGCGGAGCUUGUUGAGGUGCAGGAUGCAACGUUUCCUGUCAAGAUCCAAGUGCCAGGGGUGGAGCCAUUUGAGCUGCAGGUGCGAUGCAGGGAGCUGGCUCAGUCACUGCUGCAGGCUCUGGGGGAGCAUGAGGAGACAUGCCAGAGGACCUGCUAUUCUCUGCAGCUCCAGGGGGUGGCGCUAGACCCACUGAGUGAGCUGGGGGCAGUGGAGGGACUCACACCCGGGGCUGUGCUCAGACUUAUAGAAGAGCCCUACUCUCUCCGGGAUGCCCGGGUGCAUGUCGCCCACCUGCAGGAGCUGCUGCGGAGCCUGGACCCUCGCGAUGCCCUCCGUGGGAAGGCAGGGAGGUCCCUCAGCUUCCUGGAGAGCGUCGCCUUGGGGGGCUGCCAAGAUCAGGCUGUCCCUGGAAGCAACAGGGUGAAACCCAGACGACCGGGCUCCAAUCCAGGCUGUGAUCCUGCUGACUGCCCCCCUCCAGGACACAUCCUUCCUGGGUCCAAGGACCGGCCCCUCCUCCCUCUGCAGCCAGUCAGUGCGGACAGCAAGGGUGCCCCCUGCCUGCUGGCCCUGACACUCAGCCAGUGGAGCCCGCCUCCAGGAAACAGGAAGUUACAUGGAGACCUGCUGUACCUGAGCGUGCGCACGGUGGAGGGGCGGAGCGCUGACAUCACUUCCUGCCCACGCGGCUUCUACAUUAACCAGUCCACACCCGAGGAGUUUCACCCUCAAGCCGCCUCCCCCAGUCUGCUAAGCCACUCCCUCUCUGACCUGCUGGCCCAGCUCAGCCCAGCCUUCAAGAGGGGCUUCCCUGCGCUGCUCCAGAAGAGGUUACAGCUUCACCCGCUGCAGAGAAUCGGCACACCCUAUCAGACCUACAGCUGGACAGCCCCCAGUAUAGCGCACAGCACAGACUGGGACUGUCGUGAGGAGCAAGCUCCGGGGCAGACCCGGGAUUGGAACGAGGAGUUGCAGGAGUCCCGAGAGCUUCCCCAGACCAGCCUGGCUCAGAGGCUGCUCAGAGACCGGGCGUUAUUCAAGGUAAACUGUGACUUCGUGUCGACGGCCGUGCGAGGGGCUGUCACGGUGAUCGAUGGCGGCGCUGUGCCCAUAAACCCCGGCGAGGACCCCCGUCUGCACGUCUUCCUGUGGGGGGGCGUGUUCCUCAGCCUGGCCGGCGAGGAGGGGUCUCUGGAAGGAGAGCGGGCAGCCCGGGCAGUCCCCAGACUGGACCUGGCUGGGGUGCAGGCCUACAGCAGAGCGCAGGGGCUGCACACGCUCGCUACGGCGCUGCUGGAUUACCGGGGGUACAGGCUGAGUGCACAGGCCCUCGCCCCCGGCCUCCUGGAGCGAGAGGGAGACAAUCGCAUCUGCUACGGCGGGUCGGACUCCGGACGCGACCCCGCCGCCACCAGGAGGUUCCUGGAGUUGCUGGGCAUGGCCGCCAAGCCGCUACGAAUCCAGAGACACUGCGUCCUGCAGCCCAGCGGCUCCCAGACCACGCUCUACACCUCCGCGGACUGCAAGGGCCUCGUGGGCAACGACAGACGCUAUUACAUCCUGGACCUAUUCAAGACCUUUCCCCCGGACCUCAAUUUCCUCCCCCAGGGAGAGGGAGAGGGAGAGGGCUGGCCCCCAGGGUACACCUCUCUGGGGUUCCCCCGGGAGUUCCCACACAAACUCUGCCGUCUCAGACCUGAGCUGGUGGAGAGUUUCAUCCAACACAAGUACACCCAGUUUGUGAGCCUGGUGAUGGAGAGAAUGCAGGAGAGCCAGGAGAAACGUGACGAUUCAGGAGAGGGAGUGAAAGGGGUCUCCCCAAAGGAUGACCCCAGGGGAGUGGACGCAGUCCGGGCUGCCUGCAGGGACGUGGGGUCGGUGAGCAACAUCGUCUUUGAGAUCCGCUUCAACCCGGACGCGAGCGAGCCAGGGGUGCAUAUCCCGGACUCGGAGAGCGAAGCGCUGCGGCUGCAAAGACGGCUGCUCAGGGAGGCCGCUGUGUUCCUGGUGACCAUGCAGAUCCCAGCCUUCGUCUUGGACUGCCUGCACCAGCUCACAGUUCCCAUAGAUGGCGCCACUCUGACUGAGGCUCUGCACCAGCGAGGGAUCAACCUGCGCUACAUGGGCCGGAUCGCAGAGCUCGUCAGCCAAUCAGAGAACAAGCAGCGUCUCCAGCAUGUCUAUAGACUCCUGAUCAGUGAGACUGUGACACGCUCAGCCAGGCGGAUCCUCAACACCUACCUGCAGGGAGUGGAGCUGUCCAGUCUCUCCGCUGCAGUGAGUCACUUUCUGAACUGCCUGCUGUGUUCGUGCCCGUGUCCCACGGCGCCCGCGAGCGCGGUGGAGCCAGGCUGGCGCAGGCGGAGAUCUCGUCGCAGUGGACGCACGGCUGGGGGGGGCAACAUGGACAGCAUCACCUGGACCUCACUGACCCCCGUCGAGCUCUGGCUGCAGAUCACACAGGACGUCAGGGAGUCCUUCGGCGUCACCGCCAGCAUCGGUGACAAUGUUGACCACCUGGUGGAGCUGUAUGGCCUGCAGAAAGUGACCCUACUGAGGGAGCUGUGUGUAAAAUCAGGGAUCCAGCUGCUGCUCCGAGAGUACAGCCUGUACAGUCGCCAAAAGCCCCCCUUCGCCCCGGAGGACAUCCUCAGUAUCUUCCCCAUUGUCAAGCGCCUCGCCACGCCAACCAGCGAUGGCACGCGAGUGUUCCACAGCGCCCGGGCCAGCCUGCAGCGUGGCUGUGUGAAGGAGGGGUACAAGCAGCUGCAGAAGGCUCUGAGUCUCUUCACGGAAGUGUGUGGCUCACUGGACCGUGACACCUGCGCCUGCCUGCACUCCCUCGCCAAGAUCGCCUUCCUCAGCGGGCGGCGUGCAGAGGCAGUGGGAGCCCAGCGCAGGGCUGUCAUCGUGAGUGAGAGAGUGCUGGGGUACGACCACCCCAACACCAUCAACGAAUACGUCCACCUGGCUCUGUAUCAGUUCUCGGAGGGUGGUGUGACGGUGGCCCUCCGGCUGCUGUAUCGUGCGCGGUACCUCCUGCUCCUGGUGCACGGUGAGGAUCACCCCUACACCGCCACCCUUGACAGCAAUCUCGGCCUGAUCCUGCAGGUGGCACUGCAGUGGGAGCUGGCUCUCCAGUUCCUGCACAGCGCUCUGGAUGUCAACGUGAAGUUCCGUGGUGCCCUGAGCCUGCACUCCGCACUCAGUCACCACUUGCUGGCACAGGCUUACUACACCAAGGGGGAUUUCCGCAGCGCCAUGGCCCACGAGAAAGAGGCACACUCCAUCUACAGAGCACAGUUGGGUGACAGUCACGAGCAGACGAAGGUGAGCUCUCAGUUCCUGAGCCUCAUCACGCAGCAAGCUGUGAACCUGCAGAGAUCCCUGAUCGAGAUCUGCAGGAGCGGCUCCGGGGCUGGGUCACCCCUGCAGGUCUCACAUCCCAGUUUGGAGGACACACUGCAACAACUGAGCUUGAUCAAUGGGAUUCUCUGCGUCUCUGCCAGCAUUAAGAGUGAGGAACCCACCAAUGACAGUGAUGCCAGAGCAAAGCUGGAAGAGCUGGCAUCCAAUCAGAAUAAAGAGGUCGAACUGCUGGCCAAUGAGACUUCGGAUACAAAAACAGAUGUUCCAGCUUUAGUGGAGCUCAACACCAAUGAGGAAACAGCAACUGAAGCGCUAACCAAUGGGAAUGCAGAUACAGAGAGAGCCACGCCCCUUCCAAUCCAAGAAGAAUUCUCAUCUGAUGAGGAAACAGUCAUUAAAGAUGUGACCAAUGAAGACCUGGGACCAGAAGACAUGCCAACCUUACACCAGUAAGAAAUACUAUCUGAGAAGACAAGCCCGUCAUUUGUGACCAAUGGGAAU